AUGAGGAUAACUUGUAUAGUGGCAGUUCUUGUCCAUUUUUUCUUAAUUACACAUGCCCUUUUACCAGUGAAGGAUUUCCGAGUCAAAGGCCUUGCCAACGAGAUCCAAGGUGUCAAGUCAAGGGCAGUCGUGAAUUCAUGGUCGGAGCAAGUAUUGUCAUAUUCUCCAGAUGUUGUAUUCACAUCGCUUAACAAUACACAAGUGUUAUACACAGACGAUACAAACUCGAUCUAUUACAUAUACCUUAUCCUUGACGACGGGCAUGGCUACAAGCAAAGAUUCCCCUUGUUGUUGGACACAGGUAGUGCAGUCAGCUGGAUCUACAACCAAUCAUGUACUUCCAACAGCUGUCAAAACAACAACGUCACCAAGUUUAACUACAAUGGUAACUUAAAGUUGGGUUCUACAUUUAGCAUCACAUAUACUAAUGACCAGGUUGAUGGCACAUACAUAUCCAUUGCCGAAAACAAUAUUAACAUGCAAUUGGGGAGGGUCACUUCUGAUUUCAAGGUACAAGACUUUAGUCUUGGAUUAACUAGUGAUUCACCUUCUAUUUUCAACGGGUUUUCUGUUAGUGGGAUUCUCGGAAUUACCACCGAUAGCAGUGACGAGAAUAUCGUCAGUCAAAUGUACGAUAGUGGGUUAAUCAACAAAAAGGUGUUUGGAUUAUACUUGACUAAUCCAGGACAAAUUUAUAGAGGUAAUGUUCCUGCUAAGGAAUUAGGAGGAGUGGUUUUGUUUGGACAAGAUGUGGCAGACAACACCAAAAAAUUUAUCGGCAGUAAUACUGUCAACUAUGUUGACGUUGUUGAUAAUAACAACAACUAUUGGCUAAUCAACAUCUCUGAUACAUCUGUUGUUAGCAGCCAAGGUGAGUCAUCCAAUGUCAUUUCCGAUUCAAGAUUAACAAUUAUUGAUUCAGGUACAACUGGUAUUGUCUUCCCCUUUGAUGAUGCUGUUGCAAUUCACAAACAAUUAUUCGGUGAUACUGGAUACCUUAAUGAUCAAAACGGGAACUUUGCUUUCCUUUGUAAUUAUACCAAUGAGAAUAUUGUGUUUAAUGUCGGUGGCACCAAGUUAAGCGUCAGUAGUUCAAAUUUUAAGGGUCAAGCAUACACUGACCCGCUGUUAUUUGGGUACUGUGCUUCCAAGAUUCAAGGAUUGAACAAUUAUGGUCAUUGGGUUCUUGGUCAAGCAUUUCUCAAGUCAUUUUAUACUGUUUUUGAUUUGGAUGCAAAUCAAAUUGGAUUUGGACAAGCAAGUUUGCAAUCUUUUGGUAUUGAAUUUGGAAAUGAAUCCAGCAGUUCAGCACUGUCAUCGGUAUUGUCCACCACAUGCGUGGAAACUUCUACUAAAAGUGUCCUCACUACAAUCACCCAUUAA